CACUUAUUCAAUUCAAAAUCCCUUCUGAAAGAACAUUUUUGGAAUCCAACAAAAGGGAAUCUAGUCAACACCACCAUGUGCAUCCGUGCUCUAAAAAGUAAAUACACCCGAGAAAUUAUUAAAUUCCACUCGUUUCCGUCGACCAAACGCUCAUCAUUCACUCCCCCGGCCUCCCAACCAACUCUUCUCCCUCCUACAUAAAACUAAAACUACCCUCCCUUUCAUUUGUACCACCUCCUUAAUUUCCUCUUCUGAUCUGAGAAUGGCAUUCACCGACCUCCUUAUCCUCUUCUUCGCUCUUCUCUUUCUCCGCUUCUGGUGGCGUUACUGGUCCGUCACCGGCGGUGGUCCCAAAAAUCUGCCGCCGGGGCCGCCCGGCUGGCCUAUUGUGGGUAAUCUCGGCCAAGUCAUUCUCCAACGCCGUCAUUUCGUCUUCACAGUACGCGAUCAUCUACGUGCAAAAUACGGCCCAAUCUUCACAAUGCAAAUGGGCCAACGCACGCUCGUCAUAGUCACCAGCUCCGACCUCAUCCACGAGGCCCUGGUGCAGAGAGGCCCGGCGUUCGCCAGCCGGCCGGAGGACUCGCCGAUCCGGCUCUUGUUUAGCGUCGGGAAAUGUGCGAUUAACUCCGCCGAGUACGGGCCGCUCUGGAGGACUCUCCGCCGUAACUUCGUGACGGAGCUGAUAAACCCUGCGAGAGUAAAGCAGUGCAGUUGGGUACGGAAAUGGGCGCUCGAAAAUCACAUGAAGAGGCUCCGGAGAGAGGCCUCGGAGAAAGGGUUCGUCGAGGUGAUGAGCAACUGUAGGCUAACCAUAUGCAGCGUCCUCAUCUGCCUUUGCUUCGGCGCAAAGAUCUCCGAAGAUGAGAUCAAGAAGAUCGAGAGCGUGCUAAAGGAGGUGAUGUUGAUCACAUUACCCAAGCUCCCGGAUUUCUUUCCAGUCCUCACUCCCUUGUUCCGUAAGCAACUCAGACAAGCCAAGGCGCUAAGAAACAAACAGUUGGAGUGCUUGAUUCCGCUCGUGAGAAAUAGAAAGGCUUUCGUGGAGAGCGGUGGGAAUGGCGGUCCGGAGAUGGCGAGCCCCGUCGGCGCCGCCUAUAUAGACUCGCUUUUCGGGUUGGAUGCGCCGGGUCGGGGCAAGUUGGGAGAAGAAGAGCUCGUGACGCUUUGCUCGGAGGCGAUCAACGCCGGGACGGACACGAGCGCUACUACUUUGGAGUGGGCUUUGCUUCACUUGGUGCUGGAUCAAGAGAUUCAAGAAAAGCUGUACAAGGAAAUCGUUGAGCACGUGGGAAAAGAUGGGCUCGUCACUGAGAGCGACGUGGAGAAAAUGAGCUACCUCGGUGCGGUGGUCAAAGAGACUUUCCGGCGACACCCACCGGGCCAUUUCCUCCUCUCUCACGCAGUCACGGAGGAGACGAAGCUCGGAGGGUACACCAUUCCGGAAAACGCGAGCGUAGAGUUCUACACAUCAUGGGUGGCGGAGGACCCGGCUCUUUGGGAUGACCCGGGUAAGUUCCGACCCGAGAGGUUCUUGGUGGGUGAUGGGGUCGACGUGGACGUGACGGGGACGAGGGCGAUGAGGAUGCUGCCGUUCGGGGCCGGCCGGCGGAUUUGUCCGGCACUGACGCUGGGGACUCUGCACGUGCUCCUGUCGCUGGCGAGGAUGGUGCAUGCUUUCAAGUGGUUGCCGGUUCCCGGAGCCCCACCCAGCCCGGCUGAGACUUUUGCUUUCACUGUUGUGAUGAAGGACCCUCUCAAGGCUGUGAUCUUGCCAAGGGUGUGAAUUGGGUAAUGCCCUCGGGACUUGUGAGAGCUAAUUUUGGUCUAUUGGGAUUUGAGAUGCCUUUAAUAAAUCUUAAUUAACUAGUUUCCUUAUAUAUAUAUAUUAUGAGUGGUAGAAUGAAGGUUGAAUUAAUCCUUAUUUUGAAACCCUAAAGUGCAUUCUAAUUAGUGUUUUUGUGAGGAGAAUGUAUGUUUGUUAAAAUUUCUGUCGUCUAAUUUUUUGUUUUCCAUCCGUAUAAUGAAUGGACGAAUCCAGCAUUGAAUUUCUGA